CACAUACACGUCUAUAUCUGCACCUAUAAUACCUAUAUAAACCAGAUUGAAAAUUUUCAACACCCGACUAUUUUGGAAUCACACCACGCCCUCGAAAAACCCAUCUACACUCGAGACCACCAUAUAAAGACAGACCGCUACGAUGGCCCGAAAAUCCACCAGCACACCUGCCUCUGCCUCACAAGAAGACAACAACUUAAUGCCCUCCUCGCAGCCCUCGUCCUCGCCUCAAGCAAAGCCCUCACAAUCGCAACCGCAAUCCCAACCGCAACACCAGCAAGUAACAGAGCAGCAAUUAAAAUCUCGGGCUGAGAAUGGUGUUAAUGUUGAGGACUACCUCCUCCCCCGCAGCCUAACCGCGCGCCUCGCAAAAUCCGUCCUGCCCCCAAACACCACAAUCCAAAAAGACGCCCUCCUAGCCAUGCAAAAGGCCGCGACGGUGUUUGUCUCGUAUUUAUCUUCUCAGUGCGCCCUCCUCCCUUCCCUCUCUCCCAUGUCACCAGGAAACUUUUCGAAACCCGGAACUGGGGAAAUAUAAAAUAUGUUUGUAUGUGUACUAAUGGCGAGGCGAUAGUGCAAACGAAGCAACCCUGAAACGGACCGUCGCGCCGACGGAUGUAUUCAGUGCGAUUGAGGAGUUGGAGUUUGGG